AGGAGGGCUACUCCACCUAUUGCCAAUUGAUUUUAGGUUGGAUGCAAGCCUUGAGUAAAUGCAUUGAGCUUUUGGUCCUUGAUGCUGGAAUAAAGGAAGAUCUCAGUAUCCAUCAUUUGCAAGUUGCUGAUGCAGCUAGGGCUUCCCUUGGAUUGCCUGUUGUGGAAUAUAUAGUCUCUGACACCCCUUUAGAGGUGGAAAAGUGGAUAGAUUGUCAAACAGGAUAAACAACAGGUAGGAUUAAAUAUCCUGGUUCAUUGUUGCAAGCUGUGGAGACUUUAGUCAACCAUGCACAAGUAAAUGCCAUUGCAGUUGUUGGGCGCUUCCCAGAAGAUGAUAAUGAAGAUGUCCUUGGCAAUUAUUGACAAGGAAAGGUAAGACAAUUUCCCCUUGACUUUUUGGAAAUAUAGAGUCAGCAUACCUUGUUUUUGGUGAUGUCUUUGAAGGUAUGAUGUAAGUGAACUCCACCUUCAGAUUAAGUGUAACCAUACUCUUUCUGUUUAUGAACUUCCAUUAUGAUCUAAAGGGGGAAAAGUUUUCUUUACUUUUACAAGUCUAGUUGAGUUUGUUUUGAAUUUGGUCCUGGUUUUUGUUGCAUGUAACAAAAUGGAUUUUUCCAUGAGCUUUUUGGUCAUGAAGAGCCUGCAUGCUAGUGCAAGCUUGGAGCUCACAACUGAAGCUGAUCAGGAUCCCUCGUGUACAUGCUCCUACAGUAUCUCCCCUUCCAUUGAGCCAAUGUUUGAGCCCAAAAUUUGCUGCUGAGGAGACACAAAUGCCUGCAUGUAUGGGUGCAUGUCUAUCGGGUAUGCAUUUUUUAUGUGCACUGGCUGGGUUUAGGAAAGCACUGCAGUACCUGAUCAAGAGCCCCUAGUCAUUAGAGAAGGGUUCUAUAUGUGCAAGUGAUGUGGAUAGUGUUAUCCUUCCUAUAGAUGCUUGUGGAGGAGAUGGUGCUCUUGCUUUUGCAAAAAACAAAAGAAAUAAGGUAAAUUAUGAAGGCAUAAAUCUCUUUGUUUUCACUUGGCCAGUUGAAAUGUCUGGUUAAAUCAUUGAAGACGAGGUAUGCUAUAUAGCAUAUCCAGUCCAUGGUCCUCUAGAUUAACUUUGAAUUUUUAACCAUGAACCGUCUCUAUUUUAGCAAUUGUUUCAUCUAUUUCCAGCCAGGCGGCCAUAGGUAUUAUUCAUUUGUAAUAAGAGACUCCUAUUCCUUUUUCCCUUACAGCCUCUGAUAAUCUGUGUGAGGGAAAAUGAGACAGUUUUGAAUGACACGCCUAAUAAGCUCGGGAUUAAUGC